GUCAGUUAGUGGCCUUGAAAUAGUUCAAAACUAUGGAGUCUCAGGAUGAUAGUAAUACGCAGGAGUCAAAAAGCACAGAUACUAGGGUUUAUUUAGAUAAAACUGUGGUCCCAGUACUUUUAAAAGGCCUGAAUAUGAUAGCCAAAGAAAGACCGCCUAACCCAAUCGAAGCGUUGGCAAUAUUUUUGAUGCAGCAUAAAGAGGAGACAGAAAACGAAUAGUCUAGAGAAGAAAUUUUUAAAUACUGCUUGAAAUAAAUCUUUUUAUUUUGUGAAAUCGAAAGUGCGGAAGUUUUUUUCGAAUAAUGAUUGUAAAUCAAUAAAACGUAUAUUUUGAU